UAGUAUCAUUAGCCUUUUUGAGUCCUGGACUAUAUAAGGCAGGUACACUCUCACCUGAAAAGUAUCAGCAUCCAUCAGAAGCUGUUGACUGCACACCAGCUGCAUCAAGAAGAAAGAGAAACAAGAGGAGAAACAAGAGAUUGAAGCCAUGAUCUCCAAACUACAGCAGAAAUCCAUCAGACCAGUAUUCGCUCUCAGAAGUCUGCAUCAGUCUGCAGUAGAAGUUUUAAAGCGUCCAGCCCCAGAGGAAACAGUCACAGCCAGCUUUGGGAAGUUCAUCAGUGAAGUGAAGCCCCAGCACCUGUCCUCUCUGCUUCUCCACCGCAGCAAAAGGAUGGUGCUGGACAGCAUUGGAGUUGGCCUGCUUGGCAGCACAACAGACGUGUUUGAGCUGGCCCUGCAGCACUGCCAGCACAUGUACGCUCCUGAUGACAUCAGCUCUGUGUAUGGACGCAGGGGUACGAGGCUCUCGCCGACACUGGCAGCUUUUGUUAACGGAGUGGCGACUCACUCCAUGGACUUUGAUGAUACAUGGCACCCUGCCACUCACCCCUCAGGAGCCGUCCUUCCUGCUGUGUUAGCACUAAGCGACAUGAUGCCUGCUAACGGCAAACCUAGCGGUCUGGACUUCCUGCUGGCAUUCAACGUCGGCAUUGAGAUCCAGGGCCGACUGAUGAGGUUCUCUAAUGAGGCCCACAACAUCCCAAAAAGGUUUCACCCUCCCAGUGUGGUGGGGACCAUGGGAAGUGCAGCUGCCUGUGCAAACCUCCUGUCUUUGGAUCCCUUUCAAUGCAGUCAUGCCCUGGCAAUAGCCGCUUCUCUAUCAGGCGCGCCAAUGGCUAAUGCUGCCACUCAGUCCAAACCCCUUCACAUAGGUAAUGCAUCACGUUUAGGGCUGGAGGCUGCUCUUUUGGCCUCUAGAGGUCUUGAGGCAAGUCCUCUGGUCCUGGAUGCUGUCUCUGGGGUUGCUGGCUUCAACGCCUUUUAUGAAGAUUAUGAGCCGCAGUCGUUAGAGUCCCCCAAUAAUGAUGGCCAUAUGUUCCUAUUAGAGGAGCAGGACAUGGGUUUCAAGCGCUUUCCCGCCCAUUUGGGGAUGCACUGGGUGGCAGAUGCUGCAGCCUCAGUCCAUAAGCGCCUUGUUGGGUAUGGUCCUGGCACUAUUUCUCCAGCUCAGGUCCAAGAUAUCCUGCUCAGAGUUCCCAAAUCAAAGUACAUCAACAGGCCUUUCCCUGACUCUGAGCAUGAGGCACGCCACUCCUUCCAGUUCAAUGCCUGCACUGCGCUCCUGGAUGGAGAGGUGACUGUUGAGUCCUUCACACCCUCUGCCAUCAGUCGCCCUGACCUUCACGCUUUACUGAGCCGUGUUCGCAUGGAGCAUCCCCAAGACAACCCAGCUAACUUCAACCGCAUGUAUGGCGAAGUACAAGUGACACUUGUUGGUGGAGACGUUCUGAAGGGACGUUGUGACACCUUUUAUGGUCACUGGCGCAACCCUCUGACCAAUGAAAGCCUGAGGAAGAAGUUCAGAAACAACGCAGGUUCGGUUCUUCCAUCAGAGAAGGUGGAGAGGCUGAUUGAAGAGGUGGAGGAACUGGACAGACUCGGGGACUGCAGGGCCCUUCUCUCACAGCUGCAAUGAACCCUGCAGACACACACCAAAGCAACAACAAAAAAUGCAUUAUUGUAAAUGUAAAAACGUAAAAAUCUAAUGUAAUUUAAAUUAUUUAAUGAAUCUAUGUAGUGCUGAAUUGACUUACUUAAUUAUUAUAUUUGAUUUAAUUUUAAGAAUUGUAAAAUGACAACCUGUGAAGGAAAAUGAAGGAGAGUUAAAUCUGAACGUCAGACACAUAUUUGCAUAAUUAUAAACAUUAGAUUGUUUCCUCUGCUCCAAGUAAUGGAUUAUUUAAAGGUUUUUCAAUUUG